CGGCGGCGGCGGCGGGGGGAGCAACAGUCCGAACCGUAGCGGACACAGAAAAAGCAAGUGCAGUGACCAUAGUAACAGGGACAGCGUCGGGCGCGUGCGCGAUGGCGACGAAGCGCGGUGGGCGUGCGCGCGGAACGCGAAACACGGAAGUGUCAGUUAUAGGGGCGGAGAGUCCGGAAGCGAAGAGGGGGCGGAGCAGAAAACAAAGUGACAGCUCAAAUGAGAGCGAAGUAGGCGGGUCUAGCUCGGAGGGGGCUGAGACAAGCGACAGCGAGGGAGAUCAGGAUACGAGAGGAGGCGUGUCCAAGGGCAGGGCUACGUCGGUGCGGGCAGUGGGGAGGCGUGGUCAGGAUAGAAGCGGCCACACCCCCGGGGCUCUGCAAGCGGAGACGGGGCGUGCCCAGGCGGGAGGCGUUUCCCUCAGUGCAGACACAGCUAGUCUCGGCAGCGAGCCUCCGCUUCCAUGGCAACCAAGUAGACAGUCUCUCAUGAAGGUAAUAGCUGAAAGUGUCUCACGCAAUUUGCACGAACUGUGUGAAACUUUGAAGAGAUUCCCAGAUUCAUCAGAAAAAAUAAGCAGCAAAAAGGUGAAACAAAAAGCACAGUCAACCCUAACGGGGCAAACAACUAGUGGUAAAACCUUAACAAUGCAAGACUUUUUUCCAACUUCUUACAAAAAAUCCUCUUCCAAGAAAAAGUUGCAGGAAAGUCCAAAAGAACAACAGGGUGAUACAUUGUGUAUCACAGCGUCGGAGGGGAUUCCGGCAUGGGCAGCAGGUGCUAGUGCAUCAGGCCAAGGACAAUCAAUUAUGACUCCAAAAGAAAUUAUCAAAGCUUUUUUGCAGCACAUGGGAGCAAGCUUGGAAUCUUAUCCAGAGAUGAGGACAGAAUUUCCGCAGAUUUUCCGGACAACUCAAGGGUCGCAGAUCGUUAUUCCACAGCCAAGACCAGAAACAGCACAGAGAAUACAGGUACCAGCCAUUCCGGUGAGUGAAGCAGCAUGGACCCAGACACAGCAAAUAGCUCCUUUCUACAGACACACAAGCACUCAUCUGGGACGGCAGAUGGAGAAGGGCACUGCAGGAGCUGAGAACAAAGUAUCAAGGUGGGCCAAACGCAGCUCUCACCUUGGCGCAGCUAGCAGGUGAUCCACCGGAAGAUGACCCAGCUCAGCAAGCAGCGAGACUUCCACGUGACGUGUUGAGAGACAUCAAAGAAGCUGCACGUAAGGCAAUUUUACAAAUUGCACCAGCAGGUAUGCAGGACACAAUUUUUACAGAGAUCAAACAAGGCGCUUCAGAGAGUUACUCCUCA